AUGAGGACGGGGGCGGAGGCAGCGCUGCCGCGAGGCGCGCGCGCGCUGGCGCCGCUGCUGUGGGUGGCGCGCGCGCUGGGGCUGGCGCCGUUCGCGCUGCGCGGGCCGCCGGCGCGGGUGGCGCGGGCGCCGUGGGCGCUGGCGGCGAGAGCGCUCUGGGCCCUGGCGCUCGGCGCCGCCGCGGCCGUGCGCCAGGACCCCAACGAGAAGGGCGAGUACCAGGGCGUGCGCACCUCCCUCGAAGACGUCUUCUACUACUUCAACUGGCUGCUCUUCACCGUCUUGCCGCUGGCGCAUGCAGUCUACGCGACGACGUCGUUCUGCGCGCGGCAGGCGCGGCAGCUGCUGCUGUCCCUGGGGGCGGCGGAGGGGCGCCUGGCCGCUGCCGGGGGCUGCUCCGAGCCGCUGCCUGGCCGUUGCGUCGCGCUCCAGCUCGCCGCCCUCACGACUGUUUGCGUGCUGCACGUUUCCAAUCACAUUUAUUUCCAAAACGGAAAUGUACUGACGCACUACGCAUCCUUCGUCUGCUUGCUCUUCUACAUGUACGUGACUAUGAGCCUGGGGAAGCCCCUGACUUUGGCCUACUGCACCUUCGGCUUCGUGGAGAACGCUGCCCAGAUGACUGCGACGGUGGCGCUGAGCGAGGCGGUGGCCAGAGCGGCUAGAGCCUUGCGCCUCAAGGCCAUGCGAACUCUGCUCUGUGUCCAGGACCACUUGCUGGUGAGUUUUCUUGGGCCUGGUCGAUUCCUCCAAAGACAUGCUUUCUUCUGUGAGACUGUUGGCUGUUGGAUGUGCCCAAGUUCGGGGAGCCAAUCAGCAACGUGACGUACCCCGUGGGCCGCGAGGCGUCGCUGGCGUGCGUGGUAGAGGACCUGGCCACCUACAAGGU